GCCCAGGUGCGGGUGCGCGCUCCCCCUUCACCAUGCUUCACCCCGCUGGCCGCUCUCGCUCGGUCCCGGCGUCAACUGGGCUACCGCCGCCGCCUUACGCCAGUUACCGAGGUCUUCCUCACUCCCUUCGCCGGCGCUCCCUCCACCUCACUCGUGCAAUUCGUCGAACUCGAACACUGCCAUGGCAGCCGCCGCUGCCGACGACGACGCCAAGCUCGAAUCCUUCCUCCAAUGGUUCCAGGCCAACGGCGCCGACCUCCGCGGCUGCACGAUCCGCGCAUGCGGCGGCAAGGGCUUGGGCGUCUUCUCCACCGCCGCCCCGGAGCCAGGCGCCAACGACGGUAACGCUCCCCUCCCCUCCCCUCCCUCCCCCGAACGGACGAGGCUCAUCCGGGAGUUACGCCGGUGCGGUGCAGGGGUGGCGAUGGUGGUGCCGCUCGAUCUCGCCAUCACGCCGAUGCGGGUGCUGCAGGACCCACUCAUUGGCCCGCGGUGCCACGCGCUCUUCGAGGAGGGACGCGUCGACGACCGCCUCCUCGUCAUGCUCUUCCUCAUGGCCGAGCGCCGACGCCCUGGCUCACUCUGGAAGCCAUAUUUGGAUAUGCUUCCGAGCACCUUCGGGAGCUCCCUUUGGUUUACUGAGGAAGAGCUUGCCGAACUGGAAGGGACGACGCUGCAUCGGGCUACGGUGAUCCAGAGGAAGUCAUUGCAAUCCUCAUUUGAUGAGAAGGUUAAAGGACUCGUUGAGGAGCUUUUACAUGUCGAUGAAUCAGAAAGCUCAAUUGAAGUGCUGUUUGAGGACUUCCUUUGGGCAAACUCAAUCUUCUGGACUCGAGCACUGAACAUACCACUGCCUCAUUCUUAUGUUUUUCCGGGGUCCUGUGGCGAUGAACAAAUCAGAACCGGCAAUGAUGCUUGCUAUUCUAGCCCCCCUGCCCAACAGGAAAUUGAUGUUACGGCUAAGGAUCAUAGUGCUGACGACAAUUCUAAAUCAAGUAACACAGAGUCAAUUUGGGUUGAGGGCCUUGUCCCAGGAAUUGAUUUCUGCAAUCAUAAUGUAAAGGCACUGGCAACAUGGGAAGUUGAUUCUGUGGGAAAUGCUACUGGAAUUCCUGCUUCAAUGUACCUCUUGCUUGCUGAUAAAAGUUCUGCUGAGGCUGGAGCAGAGAUCUGCAUAAACUAUGGCAACAAAGGAAAUGAGGAACUAUUGUACCUAUAUGGAUUUGUGGUUGACAACAAUCCUGAUGAUUAUCUCAUGGUUCAUUAUCCUUUGGAAGCUCUUAGACAGAUCCAGUCUGCUGAUACAAAAAUGCAGCUACUAGAGAUGCAGAAGGGCGAAUUGAGAUGCCUCCUACCCAGAAGAUUGCUUGAUAAUGGAUUUUUUGGUAUCCAUUCCAGUGAAGAUAAGGAUAGCAAGAAAAAUACUAGUCCAUUUUCAAGUUUUAGUUGGAGUGGUCAACGCAAAGUUCCAUCAUAUCUUCACAAAAAUGUUUUCCCUCAGGAAUUUAUGAGUACCCUACGGACGAUUGCCAUGCAAGAACAUGAGCUUGAACAAGUUGCUUCUUUACUUGGAGAGGUUGGAUCUAGUGAAGAUAGAGAAACAUCUGAUGCAGAGAUCCAAAGUGCUAUUUGGGAGGUCUGUGGUGAUCAGGGUGCACUGGGUUUGCUUGUGGAUCUUCUUGGGGUCAAAAUGGCUGAACUUGACGAGGGCUCUGGAACAGAAGCAUCUGACACCGAACUGCUUGAGCAGUUUGAUUCCAUUCAGUCAGAAGACUGCGCGAGUGAAAGUGACGAGAAGCACAAAAGGAAGUCAAAAAUAAAUUACCGUUCAUGUAUAGUGUACCGAAGAGGGCAAAAGCAGCUGACAAGGUUGUUCCUGAGGGAGGCAGAGUAUCUUCUGGAGCUUUCUGCAAAAGAACAGACCUAACAAACUUAUCUGGCCUGCAUCAGGUCUUGAAUUGCAGAGUUGUCAAACUUAGUGCUGGUGGCCAGAUCCGAUGGAGGAAUGGCACCUGUAUGUACCCUCUCGGAUUCUUCGGGCAGGAGACCUUCUUUGCUUUGCUAGGGGUAGCAAUAGCAUUCACAUACAUGCAAAAGCACUUGAUGCCAGAGUACGUAUGCACGUUUGAUGUCCUUUCCAAAGGAUUCUGGAUGCAAAAGACCGAAGCAUGCUGCAGUCGCUGGUGUUUACCUCUGUCCUUUCCCGCUGGGGAUGCAAAAGACCGAAGCAUGCUGCAGUCGCUGAAAGUAGUGGUAGUAGUGGUAGUAGUAGUACCACCACUACCACUACUACUAAUACUACUAAUAAAUCUCCACCACGGAUGAAUAAUUAGAAUAUAAUUCAAGUUUAAUAUGAAAUUAAAACAAUCUA